CUAUCUAUGGUGGUGCUUUCGAAGAUAACGAGUUAACAAAACAUUUAACAUUUUAAAACAAGUAAAAAGCUACUCAAUGAAAGGUAAACGUAAACAGAUCGUGUUAAUUGGGAGGAGGGCAUAAUAACCUUAAGGUUGAAACAUUCAAAGGAAUCAAAACAACAGAAUAUAUUUAUUUAAGAAUUUAUAUAAUACAAUAAAAUAAUACAAAAAGACGAGAGAAAAAGACUUAUCACUCAAGUAUAUUGAAAAUAAGCACAGGCAAAGCAAGAUUUGACUACGAGAAGAUUUAAUGUUGAAUGAGAGAGGUUGAGACAGUCAAAGGAAUCAAAACAACAGAAUAUAUUUAUUUAAAAAUCUAUAUAAUACAAUAGAAGAAUACAAACACACGAGGGAAAAAGGAUUAUCACUCAAGUAUAUUGAAAAUAAGCACAGACACAGCAAGAUUUGACUACGAGAAGAUUUAAUGUUGAAUGAGACAGCCCAUAUCCUAUAUCGCAAUCUUCUGCCACAAAUCCUGCAGUAGGCUAUGAGGAGAGCAGUGUUCUGGUGUACAAAAGAAAGGUUGAGACAGUCAAAGGAAUCAAAACAACAGAAUAUAUUUAUUUAAAAAUUUAUAUAGGACAAUAGAAGAAUACAAACACACGAGAGAAAAAAAGAUUAUCACUCAAGUAUAUUGAAAAUAAGCACAGACACAGCAAGAUUUGACUACGAGAAGAUUCAAUGUUGAAUGAGAGAGGUUGAGAAAGUCAAAGGAAUCAAAACAACAGAAUAUAUUUAUUUAAAAAUUUAUAUAGGACAAUAGAAGAAUACAAACACAAGAGAGAAAAAAAGAUUAUCACUCAAGUAUAUUGAAAAUAAGCACAGACACAGCAAGAUUUGACCACGAGAAGAUUUAAUGUUGAAUGAGAGAGGUUGAGACAGUCAAAGGAAUCAAAACAACAGAAAAUAUUUAUUUAAGAAUUUAUAUAAGACAAUAGAAGAAUACAAAAAGACGAGAGAAAAAGAAUUAUCACUCAAGUGUAUUGAAAAUAAGCACAGGCACAGCAAGAUUUGACUACGAGAAGAUUUAAUGUUGAAUGAGAGAUUAGCCUAUCAUGAGGUUAGCCUACAAACAAUGUUACUAUUUAAAAUACAUACAAACCACUCUGAUUUGUUGAGUUUAUUGAUUAGUUACUAGAUUUAUGUGAUAAACUGCAUGGAAAUAAAAAGUGCAAGAGUAGAAAUGUUAACUCACACUAAACAUUUUCUCAACUAUUACAAGUGUCCAAUAUGUGAGCAACGCUGUACAACUCUAUACACAAUGAAGGUUCAUAUAUUACAUCACACAGGAGAGCGGCCCUUUAAAUGUUUAAUAUGUGAAAAAACCUUUUUCAAACAAAAUCAAGUAAAAGAACAUUUAUUGGUUCAUACAGGAGAGAAACCUUACAAGUGCACUACAUGUGGAAAAUCCUUUGCACAAAUGGGCACUAUGAAGACACAUACAUUGAUUCAUACAGGAGAGAGACCUUACAAGUGCUCUACAUGUGGAAAAUCCUUUGCACAAAUGGGCACUAUGAAGACACAUACAUUGAUUCAUACAGGAGAGAGACCUUACAAGUGCUCUACAUGUGGAAAAUCCUUUGCACAAAUGGGCACUAUGAAGACACAUACAUUGAUUCAUACAGGAGAGAGACCUUACAAGUGCUCUACUUGUGGAAAAUCCUUUACAAUCAAACACGAUAUGAAGAUACAUUCAUUGGUUCAUACAAAAGAUAGACCUUACAAGUGCUCUACAUGUGGUAAAACCUUUGCAGUCAAAGGUAAUAUGAAGAAACAUUUAUUGGUUCAUACAGGAGAGAGACCAUACAAGUGCUCUACAUGUGGAAAAUCCUUUACACAAAUAAGCAGUAUGAAGACACAUUCAUUGAUUCAUACAGGAGAGAGACCUUACAAGUGCUCUACUUGUGGAAAAUCCUUUACAAUCAAACGCGAUAUGAAGAUACAUUCAUUGGUUCAUACAAUAGAUAGACCUUACAAGUGCACUACAUGUGGAAAAUCCUUUGCAGUCAAAGGUAAUAUGAAGAAACAUUUAUUGGUUCAUACAGGAGAGAGACCUUACAAGUGCUCUACAUGUGGUAAAACCUUUGCAGACAAAGGUAAUAUGAAGACACAUUCAUUCGUUCAUACAGGAGUGAGACCUUAUAAGUGCUCUACUUGUGGAAAAUCCUUUACAAUCAAACGUGAUAUGAGGAUACAUUCAUUGGUUCAUACAAUAGAUAGACCUUACAAGUGCUCUACAUGUGGUAAAACAUUUGCAACCAAAUGCAAUAUGAAGAGACAUUUAUUGGUUCAUACAGGAGAGAGACCUUACAAGUGCUCUACAUGUGGAAAAUCCUUUACAACUAAAAGCUAUAUGAAGACACAUUCAUUCGUUCAUACGGGAGAGAGACCUUACAAGUGCUCUACAUGUGGAAAAUCCUUUACAACUAAAAGCUAUAUGAGGACACAUUCAUGGGUCCAUACAGGAGAGAGGCCUUAUAAGUGCAAUAAUUGAAUUAAAUGAAAAAUCCUUUACAACCAACGGCGAAAUGAAGAUGUGGAUCUGGAUUGCAUUACUGAAUAUUGUUUUGUAUGUUCAUUAGAAAAUAUACAUAUACAUUGUGAAUUCUUUCUGUUGCUCUGGGCUAGUAAUUAUAUAAUUUUAUUUUACUAUAGGAUAUAUUGUUUAUUUACAGGCUUUAUACCUUAUUGUAAAGAGGUAUUUAAAUGGAAAUCAUCGAGUUAUUUGGAAAAGUAAAGAAAAUCAUCAGAGUUGUUUGUUUUACAUACCAUAAUUCACCUGCCAAAGAAGUGAAUUGUGUUUUUUAUAAGCAUUAAGAAAUGAUAAAGAGACUUAAAAAAUUUGUGUGCGGGGAUAUCAAUUUAAAUCUAAUAAAUAAUCAUUCUCUGUCGCUGACUAAGCUAAUUUCCAUUUGUGAACUACUGUAAAUACUGAAAAUACUGUAAAUACUGUAAACUACUAGUCACAGAGCAUAUGCUGUGUGACUACUUGUACUUUGUGCAUUAUAAACUACUUCAUAAACUUGUCAUAGUUAGUCCCUAUCAAGAAUUUAGGUUUCCUCAACAGAAUAAGAAAUCAUUUUAUUAAUAUGUUAAUUACUAUAGUAUGGUAUGAAAUAAAUAUAUUUUCAAAU